CUCCAUGUGAUCCAGCUAGUCACAGCUUUUAAACGAUGAACAAUACAUAGUAGAUGAAGAAAUCCGGAAUGAACAUCUGGAUCUUUGUAGUAAUGGAACAUGAGAAUUAUAAGGAAUGAACUGGAUUCCUGAACUUCCAGUCGCUUCGUCGUGUCUCUUGGAUAUAUUUUACAUCUACAACAGACAACAUUCUGGUGAUUCUUGUUAUUCUUGAUGAGUCCUCUCAUCGGAAUCGAAAAUAGGAAGAAGAUGGCGCUAGCACGACGCAGCAACAUGAUCGUGAUCCCAACAACAUCGCUUUUGCUGUUGUUCUACAGCUUCCGCGUGGUCCAGUGUGCUUCCCCCAUGGGACUUGGUUCACGCGGAGAUGACCUCCAACACGAAUCGGGCAGAAGUACUGAGGACAUGAGCGCAAAGCAACGAACACUAGAUGAAGUUCUGAACAAGAACGUUAUUCCUUCUGGCUUUCUCAAACCUUCUGCGAUUGAGGCGCUCAACCAAGCUGACAAGGCUUUCGCAGAUGAAGCAAAAUGGCGAAGCGGCUGUAGCGUUGACAUUCUGGACAGCCUGUGGCAACGUCUCCAGGCAUCAUCAAGCACAGGUGAUGAUGAGCUUUCGUCCAAAAGUCGACGCUUGGUAGAACGUGCGCUUUCCGAGUUAGAUCGACUAGAAGACGCCAAACGACUGGGCGAGUGGGCUGGCACAACUACUGCGAAUCUAUCCCAGCAAACCGAAAUGAAAAAAUGCAACAUAAAUGUGCUGCUCUCUCUGCUGCAAAUUUCCGGAUUCAAAGAGGCCUUGGAACGCGAGGAACGAAAACCCGUUCGCAACCAAAUCGUAAAAGCCAUCGCCGACGGGGCCACCGGUCGCCAGCUUUUUGACAUGAAUCUGUUGCUGAGCGAUAGACUACCAGACUGGAUCUUGGAAGCUGAACCUAUUACACACCUUUUUCACAAGUGGGCGUCCGCGAUGUACAUAGAUUUUGCGUUGAAGCACGACGUAAAAAAAACACUCCACAAGAUCACAAGCAAACAGUGGGAUAAAAAGUUGGAGGAGAUCAGAAAUGCAGGGAGAACGACAACAACAGCAACUUCUUCUAAGGAUUUUGAUUUUCUUGAGCGAUACAAUGAAAAUGUUGAGGAGGACGUUGAGAAUCAUGUCCCCGCGUACGAUGCAGCGUUGGUAGAACAAGAGGCGCAAAAAAUGCAAAAGAUUGCAGACACUGCGGAAGAGUGGUUGGAAAAAACACAUCCAAAGCCAAGAGAGAUUGCAGGCGACAUGGAGUCAUAUAAUGGCAGAGCUAAUGUAGACAGAGUCUUGUGGUUGGCUCUCUACGUCGAUCCCGACAGUAACCUUCCUGAUUUCCCAGAGUUUGCAAGAACACAUUUUCGUUAAGGCCAGGGCUGCAUUUAUCAAGGGAAUCCUAGUUCUACAUUCCUGAAGAUGAACGCAGGAGCAGUAGGUGCUGCAACUCUGCUUAAUGCAGGAUAAUGUUUCAUUUUUGAUCUAUUAGUUUUUUGCUCGCCUUUCUAGUUAACAUACACCUACCUCAACCUCCUAAAAACGAACAGCAACCUGUAGAUACCUAAAAACCUGGCUUAAGAUCUCUCUAAUGUAACAAGUGGGUGGCAGGAAGUGAUCGCUUUCGUGAUGGUCCGUCGCCUUAUUUCUGUUGGGAAAUGGUGCGUCGCAUGGAUGCGACAAAACGCACGUUGUUUCUUAUUAAGCUACAGUAGCUAUUAAUGCUAAUGCAGCAUCUUUGACUGCAUCCUUGAAGCGUAUGGCCGCGGUACUCUGCCAUACUUUUCAAGGAUGCAGCUUGCUGGAGCAUGAAAUUGCGGAGAGCGCUAAUCUUAAGGCAGAUAAGCAACUCUACAAGCGGCUUCGAUCCAGCGCAGCUCUUCAUGUUGGAGAAAUGGAUGAAAAACAGGCAAAAUCAGAAUUCUUCAAACGCAACAAGGUUGGGGAAGAUUGGGGGCUGUGAGAACAAGGCAAAAUCUUCACUUCAAGAAGUGAAACUUGUACUGUCAAGAUUGCAGACCAAAGCGGUAGUGCGCCAAUGUUAUUAUGGCGGAGCCGGAGUCAACUAUUUUUUCAAAUUUUUGCGGAUUCUAGUGGCAACCAUUGAUAGGGUACCCGUACAGGAGCAGGAGCACUAGCAUGACAACAGAGAUUUUUUUGUUCCUAGCAGUUAGGCCUCAACCGAAAGCGAAACAAGCACUCUCACUUCCUUCAUCCUCUGCCAUCAAAGGCAUACUUCCUAUUCGAGAAGCAGAAGAUCCAAAGCGUUACAUCACUGAGACCACUACGAGUACUGGCAUUGCUGUUAUGAUGCUGGAAUGUGCACGUGCACGACUGUAUGUUUUUGACGCUCCAAGAAUCUGUC